AUGAAGAGGCAGAACGCCCGAACUUUGGCCCUGAUCGUCAGCAUCCUCACCUACUUGGUGGUCGGGGCGGCCGUGUUUGAGACGCUGGAGUCCAAAGAGGAGAAGAACAACAAGAGGAGGCUGGACGGACGCCGCUAUGAGCUCAUGCGCAAAUACAACCUGAGCAGGGCCGACUUUGACGAGCUGGAGCACGUGGUCCUGCAGCUCAAAACCCACAAGGCUGGGGUCCAGUGGAGGUUUGCCGGCUCCUUCUACUUUGCCAUCACUGUGAUCACCACCAUAGGCUACGGACAUGCCGCCCCCAGCACCGACUCAGGGAAAAUCUUCUGCAUGUGCUACGCCCUCCUGGGCAUCCCCCUGACCCUGGUCAUGUUCCAGAGUCUGGGCGAGCGCAUCAACACACUGGUCCGCUACCUGCUUCACCAAGCCAAGAAGUGCCUGGCCAUGCGUCACACGGAGGUCUCCAUGGCCAACAUGGUGACGGUGGGCUUCUUCUCCUGCGUGAGCACGCUGUGCGUGGGGGCGCUGGCCUUCUCCCACAGCGAGGGCUGGAGCUUCCUGCACGCCUUCUACUACUGCUUCAUCACGCUCACCACCAUCGGCUUCGGCGACUACGUGGCCCUGCAGAGGGACAACGCCCUGCAGAACGACCCCCGCUACGUGACCUUCUGCUUCAUCUACAUCCUGACCGGCCUCACGGUGAUCGGGGCCUUCCUCAACCUGGUGGUGCUCCGCUUCCUGACCAUGAACGCCGAGGACGAGAGGAGGGAUGCCAGGCACAAGGCCCUGCGGGGCGCCACCGCCAAACCCGGAGGCGAGGUGGCCUGCCUGGUGCCGCUCUCCGCUUCGACGCCCUCCACGCCCGGGACCAACACGGCGCCCAAAACCAAAGACGGCGUCUACACAGAGGUGCUGCACUUCCAGACCAUCUGCUCGUGCUUGUGGUACCGCAGCAAGGAUAAACUGCAGGGUUCCUCUGCCCUCCCCCAGGAGCUGGCGUUCUCCGAUGCCUACUUGCCGCAGGACGGCCCCCGCUACACCGAGACCAUGUCCACGGGCUGCGUGUGCACUCCGCGACGGCGCUCGAGCAAAAGGUCCGUCCGCAGGAGGCUCAACAUUCUCGCUCCGCUCAGAAUGUUGAUGAGACGCAGCUCGGUGUAGCUUCUCCACGCGUCACAGAAUUCCUUGCGCGGUGCUAAAAACGCUAAAUAUCUCAUGGAAGGAACAUCAACUACUUUGACUGCAGGAGCGUCUCCGUGGGGGGCGGUUUCAGGAGUCUGGCAAAUGUUGGGUUUUGUUUUGCAACAUCAAACAACCCUCGCUGCUGCAACGCAGGAUGCUGCUUCGUUUUAUCGAUAACUUGAUUGGCUUAGUGUGCUUAAAAAAAAAAACGUCUUCGUGUAAUUCCAGUACUGUAGCGGCAAAUUCAGAAGAGACCAAGACUUCCCAUGCAGGGGUGCACCUGCUUAUCAAAUGCUAAAUGACACGAAGCGAGAUCCAGUAAUGGACUAUUAGCCGUUAGCAUUGCAAGCCUCUUGAAAACAAGAACCGUUAUUCCUCAACUUCCAA